GGUCCCACGACAUGGUCACGGAGAACGCAUCGGAGUUUAAGCAGCUGGAGGGAGCAGUUUGGGUCGCCAGCACCCGCCGCCCCUGCCCAAGCGCGCCGCUGCAAGCGCCAUCGGCCCGACGCCGGCGGCUUGACGGAGCGUCCUCUUGCGCUUCACGCUCUCUUUCAUCAGGUCACCUCCUCUCUCUCCGCCGUUACAGAUCUCCUCAUCACCGAGGAGAAACCCUCGGGAAGGGAUUGCUCUUGUUGGCUGUGCGCCUGUGCCCUGUGCAGCGCCGCCACCGUCUGUGACCAGCUCGCGAUGGCGGUGAGCCCGGAGCUGGAGAGCCUUCGGCGCAUCGCGCCGUACCGCUUCGUCUCCUUCUCCUUCCCCAACCCUUUCCUCGGCCACGCCUCCAAUCCUUACGGGGGCGGGGGCGGCGGCGGCGACGACGCGGGGGAGUGCCUCCGUGUUGCCGCUCUCGAUUCGCCCCUCCCCUCCCCGCCCGUCCCGCGGACGGCGGCGAUGCUUGUCCCGGCCGGGCGGCACCGCGACUGGAUCUUCUCCACCCGCGCCGGCCACCUCCACCUCCUCCUCUCCACCCAGUUCUCCCGUCUCAUACUCGUUGGUCCUGAGCUCUCUGCUCCUUCUCCUCGGGUGAUUCCUUGCGUCGCCCUCUCGGACCCGGACCCUGCUCACGCUCGGCUCCUCCCCCUCCUCCUUGCUCUCUGCCCCAUGGCCGCGUUCCGGGACAACGCCGUCCCUGACGUCCCGUUGCUCAGCUUCCAGGAUGACCUCCUCCUGCUUGCUCCCGUCAAGUUUGUCACUGGCCCGGUCGUCGGCGAGAUGGUCAUCGAGGAUGUGGCCAUUGACAGUGCUCCCGGUCCACCUGAAUUGCACCGCAGGCUGCGGUUCAAGCGCAUGCCCUGCCUUGUGCAGACCCAGGUCCGCCUAUGCCAGUCGCCUGCUGCUGCUUCGUCGUUGUUGCUGGAAGCACUGGAAGGGUCAGAUGGUUUGUUACAGCCGGAGGUACGUGGGUCGUUGGUACAGCCUUACCUCCAAGCCAUGGUUGCCGGUCUUGCAGUGAUUGCGCCUUCCAUUGAGGAGAGUAUUCAGUCAGGUGUUAGGCCUAGGUGCCUCUGUGCUGGUGUUGGAGGUGGAUCACUCCCCAUGUCAAUCAGAGUGGGACUUCGGUUCAGUGUGCUCGGUGUAGAGGCCGAUGGUGUUGUCCUGGAUGUUGCGAGGAAUCAUUUUGGUCUGGUGGAGGAUGAGUUUCUCCGUGUCCAUGUCGGUGAUGCUAUACAAAUGAUAGAGGAUUUUUCUCGGCGAGGGGAGUCUGAUAUGAAUUUCAGUGCAGUUAUGGUGGAUCUUGACUCCUCUGAUGCUAUGUGUGGUGUCAGCGCGCCACCAUUGGAGAUGAUUCGUGGAAGCGUCCUUCUUGCUGCACGCAAAAUCCUGGACCAGCAUGGAGUGUUGAUACUGAAUGUGAUCCCACCUCCUGCGGAUGGAUCGUUCUACAAGGGGCUGGUUGAUGUUCUUCGCCAAGUUUUUUUGGAACUGUAUGAAGUAGAUGUUGGUAAUGGUGAGAAUUUUGUUCUUGCCGCCACAGUCUCACCUGAGACCGCACUUGCUGAUAAUUCAGGACACUUUCUGACAGAACUGAGGAAAUUAGCUGGGGGUUUCCUGGAUCAUAUAAGGAAAAUUUGACAUCUCUAGUCAUUAUGUGGCAUUCUUUCCAUUAUCCUCCACAAAGGCUGGUCCAUACUCCAUAAUACAUAUCCUUUGAUGCUUGCCUGCUUACUGUUAGAACUUGAGAUGGCUAUAUUAGCAUUUAAGCGCUACUGAAUGGAUUUUGCUGUUGCAUACACCUCAGCUUUACAAAAUGAAAAAUGAGGUGUUUGUUCUGUGUUAUUUAUCGAAAUAGGAUACAAGUAUCAAUUUUUUGAGGUAUCAGUGCAGAUCGUUUGUUUUCCAAUGAAUGCUUUCUUGCGAUGUACACAUAACACCUUAUACUGAUACAAGAUGAUUUAGUACUUUAUGUGUUCAACAAAUUUUUGAAGGAAGGAUGCAGCUAUACA